AUAUAUAUAACAUACGUCUUAGAACUUCUCAUUUCGUUUUUAUACAUGGAUGGAUUCUUACUUUGCUUUUGUAUAUAAUAAUAGAAAUAGAAUAAAGAAUAAAUAUUCUAAUAUUAAUAUGAUAAUGAUACAUAAUCUUUCCAGUAAUAGAGUGAUGUAAUUAUUUAGUCGAUAUAUAAAGUGACUUGUAUUUAAUAGUAUUUUUUUGAUUUAUUACCACUGAUUGAAAACGUGACCUAAAUUUAUUGCAAAAUAAUGCAUUUAAAAAUGGAAAAUCUAUUGGAUGAUUUAGAAAAAGCAGAAUUGGAGAGCACAGAAGGCAUUAUAACAACCCAGAUGUAUUCUCAAAUGCUGGCCAUAUAUUUACUACAGAAUGAAUUAUGUCAUGCGAAGUACUUAUGGAAAAGGAUCCCACCAAAUAUUAAAAAUAAUAGCAUAGAUAUAAAAAAUAUCUGGAUAGUAGCUCAAAAAAUGUGGCAAAGAGAUUGGCAUGCUGUUCAUCUAGCAUUGAAUGUUAAUUGGGAUAAAAAUGUUGUUGAUAUUAUGAACGCUUUGAAAGAACGUGUUCAAGAACGAGCGGUUACACUUAUAGGCGAAGCUUAUUCUUCCGUUGAUAUAAGUACUCUAUGUAAAAUGACAGGCAUGACUUGUGACGAUUCACAUCAAAUUGCAUCAAAAAAAAAAUGGUCAAUAACAGGAAGCGUAGUGAAACCGCAUAAAAUUUGUAAGUUACCUAAUUUAAAUACACCAGAAGAAGAAGUAACUGAAGACCAACUUUUUAAGCUUACUCAAUUUGUAUCUUUUCUUGAAAAUUAAUUAAACUUUGAUGUUUUGCUAUAAAGCAAUUGAACCAAAAAAUAUAAGACAUACUUGUUUAAUAAACUUUUAU